AUGGAUAAGUACUUUACGACUGAUGUUCGUAGUAAGAAAGAGAUUGAGUUAUUGCAGUUGAAGCAAAGGAGUAUGUUUAUUGUUGAUUAUGCGCAUAAACUCGAAAAGUUGGCGAGAUUUUGUCCCCACUAUAAUGGUAUGGAAGUUGAAGGAUCGAUGGGUGUGAAGUUUGAGGGUGACAUACGUCCUGAAAUCAAGCAAUUCAUUAAUUAUCAGGAAAUUCGUCGAUUCUAUGUGUUGGUGAAUAAGUGUAGGAUAUAUCCUGAAGAUAGUAGGGCCAGAUCGACUCACUACAAGAGUGCUAGUGAGAAGAAAAUUGGGAAUCAGUAUUAUGGUAAACCUUAUGUGACUCUAGUUGAUAAGGGAAAGCAAAAGUUCCAUCAGAAGGAUGCAGGUGGGAAAAAGAGAAGUGGGGGAGGAGCUAUUGCUCCUCUAAAAUGUUUCAGGUGUGGAGAGUUAGGCCAUCAUGUUGACGAGUGUAAGAGUGUCGAUCGGAAGUGUUUCAAGUAUGGGAAACAAGGACAUCGUAUUGCUAAGUGUAAGAGUAAUGCUCUGACUUGCUACAAUUGUGGUGAACCUGAACAUAUUAGUACCCAGUGUCAGAAACUGAGGAAGGCGCCAACUUCCACGCAAGCUAAUGGUAGAGUAUUUGCUCUAAGUGGUGUGGAUGUCUCGAGAUCGAAUAAUUUAAUCUGA